AUGGCAGCCUCCCACAACAACGCAGAAGACGCAUGUCCCUCAGCCGGGGCCGGCAUGGGCACAACUCUGGUGGUGCCUUUUCUCCUGCUGGUGCCUCUCUCACGACGCCCGCUUCCUUCCGGGAGCGACCCGGUGCAGAACGCAGCGGGGAUGCCACACUCGGAGCCGAGCACGGACGAGUCAAGCCCGGACACGAGCUGCUCCGACUCCUCCUCGUCAUCCACCGAGCUUGCCGCCGACAGCAGGUCUUCAUCCCGCGGAGACACCAGCGGCACGCCCCUCGGCGAUGACACGAGCGAAAGCUCAACACGUAUUGCUCACCUCUUUCCGGGAGACAACGUAGCCCUACUUCUGGCUCUAAGGGACAAAUACAUCGGCACCAGCACCACGCCACCCUGCCCUGCGACCUAUCAGGGUGAGGAAAAUCCGGCACUCGACGCUCCCAUCUCCGAAGCCGAGAUGUACGCCGCAGUACGAUCGUGCACCCGAAAUACUACGGCUGGAGCGGACAAAAUUAACCACGCCAUGAUCCGCAACCUGAGCAAGGCACAGAUCAGGGACCUCACCAAGUACCUGAACGACUCGCUCUGGGAGAACAAUGAAAUUCCCUCCGAGUGGAAACACUCGGAGAUCAUAGUAAUCCCGAAACCGGGCAAGAAGCCGACAGUGGAAGCUCUACGACCUAUAUCUCUCACAUCGUGCCUCGGCAAGCUCUACGAGCGAGUCGUCCAGACGCGCCUUCAACACUACAUAGAAGAUAACGACCUUUUUCAUCCAUCCAUGAUUGGCUUCCGGUCGGGCCUGUCGACACAAGACGCCUUCCUUCUCCUGAAGGAGGAAGUACUCUCUAACAUCCCGAGGGGUGGCGAACACCUCAUUAUGGCGCUGGAUCUAAAAAGCGCGUUUGAUAACGUGUCUCACGAGGCAAUACUCUCCGAGCUCAGCAAUCUCAACUGUGGCGAGCGCACCUUCCAAUGUGUCAAGACUUUUCUGUCCAACCGAACGGCAACAAUAGGAAUGGGUGACACGAGAUCGGACCCUCAAGACAUGCCCAACAAGGGAACACCACAGGGAUCGAUCAUCUCCCCGCUCCUAUUCAACGUCGCCAUGAUCGGCGUCGCAACGGCUCUGCAGCAGGUUCCGAACAUCGGAUACACCCUGUAUGCGGACGACAUUACGAUCUGGACAAACACCGGCUCUCUAGCCAAGAAGGAAGACACACUCCAAGCGGCAGCAAUCUGCGUCGAAACAGAGGCCAUUCGAUGCGGACUCCACUGCUCCCCCGACAAAUCCGAAGUGAUCCGCAUACAGGGACAUCACUACAAAUCGCCAGGCAACCUAAACAUCCUCCUACAUGGGGUCCCAAUCCGGGAGGUACCACUCAUCCGGAUCCUGGGCCUCUGGCUGCAGAGCGACGGAAAGGCCAACCACACACUCCAACUGCUCAAGACUACAACACAGCAGAUCUCUAAGAUGAUCCGCCGGGUGGCCAGAAACAGAAAAGGCAUGCAGGAGGAGGACACGAUCCGUUUGGUGCAGGCACUGGUCAUCAGCCGCCUUUCCUACGGGCUCCCUUACCUCACCCUGCUCCGAGCAGACUUCAACAAAGCCAAUGCGAUGAUACGCGUAGCCUACAAGAACGCCCUCCAUCUCCCACCGUACACAUCCAACGUCAGCUUGGAAGCUUUGGGACUAAAUAACACGUUCGAGGAAAUUCAGGAGGCGGUCCUCCUGACCCAGAGAGAACGCCUCCUGUCCACAGCGACAGGCCGACACAUCCUAAAGCGCAUCGGCUACCCGGCGGACCUUGACGCCAUCCAGUCGACCACAAACAUUCCGACAUCGUACCGGGCCAGAGUACACGUGGCCCCGCUCCCAAAAGAUAUGUCACAAUCCCACAACGAAGGCAGAAGAAACGCCCGAGUGGACUACCUCAAACGCACAGUGGGACGGAGCCCGAGGACGGUGUACGUGGACGCCGCCCUGUAUAAGGAUGCAUCGAACGCAGCAGCAGCCGUGGUGGUGGACUCUUCUUACGAAGAAGUCUCCAGCAUCUCCAUCCCGCACUGCACCGUCACAGAAGCGGAAGCUGCGGCGAUCGUGCUGGCCAUUCAGUACGGGGUCGCGACCAACCGAGAACUUCAAGUAAUAACCGACUCCCAAGCGGCGUGUCGGCUCCUUCUUGCAGGCAGAAUACCUCAGAAAUUAGCUAGAUUCACGACUAAUCCAUUGGCUAGAAAUUCAUCGCUCAAACAUCAGAUCACGUGGGCUCCGGGGCACUCGGGGCUGGAGGGUAACGAGGCCGCGGACAGGCUAGCUCGAGGUCACACAAACCGAGCGGCCACAAUCCUCGAUCCCACUACUACCCUCCCCGUACCCGCGGCUUACGGCGCGCGACUUCAACACCUGCGCAAACAACGUGAGCUUUACCCCCCACCACACAAGGGGCUAAAUGCACAGGAAGCACGGGACUGGAGACAGCUCCAGACCAACACCUUCCCCAACUUACACAAAUACAGCAUUAUCUUCUCAGAACACUACAAAGACGCAUGCCCAUGGUGCAACGAACGACCCAACGCCUACCACGUCACGUGGGGGUGUACAGGCCCCAAACCGCCAGACAUACAAACACAACAACCGGAGGAGCAGUGGGAGACCACUCUGUCCAGCCCCGACCUAGCGACCCAGCGCGGACUGGUAAUCCAGGCGAGAGCGGCAGCCAAGGCCACUGGGGUCUUGAAAUGA